AGAAUGUGAAGUUCUGCUGUCUUGCGCCGGCUGCGAAAAGGAAGAGUCGCAGACAUGGGGAAGCUUGCCUUGGUCCUGAUUCUCUGCUCGUGGAGCUUUGCUUUAGGAAAUGGGUGCAGUCAUUCAAGGACAACCCCUGAUUUUGGAGUACUGUACCACGUCAAAGGAGUCAUCAACCUCCCUUAUGCCGAAAUUGAAGAGCCCUUCGAAGCCUGGUACAACCUUACUGGGAACAAGAGUCGCAUUGAGUACUACAACGGCCAAGUGGUGACCUUGCAACUUGGGAGCACGAAGCCCUACGGCACCAUGUUUAAGCUCACCCCGCAAACCACGGAGGACUUCGUGAAUGCCGAGAAGUGCUUCCAGCUAAAUGGCACCAAAGAUGGGCCCGUGAAGCCGCAAGGCGUCUUUCCCAGCUUUAAAGGCUUCAAGCCCAUAAGGGAAGAAUACUAUAAAGGCAAAUACUGCACCGUGUGGCAGAACAUCUCCUACUGGGGCAAGAAGAAGAAUAUCUACACCAUGUGGAUCACCAACAGCAGCUGCGGUGUGUCGCCUGUGCACUACGAGAUGAAGGGCUUCAACACUUUACUGGGGUCCCACUACGACAAGUAUGAAAUAGAUUACACCGACUUCUCCAACAGCUUCCCAGCUUCCGUCUUUGACCUGAAGCCGAAUGAAACAAAAGUAUGUGAUGCACUGCCCGGCGACUCCUCAGAGCACCAUAUCAUGGCAAACCCCAUGGCAGAUUUUGUGGGGGGAGAAGAGGACCGAGCCCACCAAGUGUUCCACCAAUACAGAAAACGGUUUGGAAAGACCUACGACGAUGAACGGGAGAUGGAACACAGGAAGCACACCUUCACCCACAACAUGAGGUUUGUCCAUUCCAAGAACCGGGCCAACCUCUCCUACAAGCUGGCGCUGAACCAUUUGGCGGACCUCACCCAGGACGAGAUAGCUGUGAUGAGAGGCAAGCUCAAGACCACAGCACCAAACAACGGGCUGCCUUUCCCUGAGGAGAUGUAUGUGGGCCUAAUCCUGCCAGAGAGCUUGGACUGGCGGCUUUAUGGUGCAGUGACUCCAGUUAAGGACCAGGCUGUGUGUGGCUCCUGCUGGAGUUUCUCCAGCACUGGAGCCCUUGAAGGGGCUCUCUUCCUCAAGACUGGGCAGCUCAUCCCCCUAUCUCAGCAAAUCCUCAUUGACUGCUCUUGGGGCUUUGGGAACUAUGCCUGUGACGGUGGUGAGGAAUUUCAGGCGUUCGAGUGGGUCAUGAAGCACGGCGGCAUUGCCAGCACAGAAUCCUACGGCCCAUACAAAGGCCAGAAUGGCUACUGCCAUAGCAACGAGACUCAGCUUGUGGGCAAACUCAAAGGCUACGUCAAUGUCACCUCCGGGAACCGUACUGCUCUGAAAGCUGCCAUCUACAAGCAUGGCCCUGUGUCUGUCAGCAUCGAUGCCUCCCACCGAAGCUUUUCCUUCUAUUCCAGCGGUGUCUACUAUGAGCCCAAGUGUGCAAACAAACGAGGCCAGCUGGAUCAUGCGGUCCUAGCUGUAGGUUACGGUGUCCUCCAAGGCGAACUCUACUGGCUGGUGAAGAACUCCUGGUCCACCUACUGGGGAAAUGACGGCUACAUCCUUAUGUCUAUGAAAGACAACAACUGUGGAGUUGCCACUGACGCCACGUUCCCGAUUAUGGCAUAACCCGACCUUGCCUUGGGAAGCUCCUUCAGGGAAUCUCAGAGAUGAUAUCGUCCAAAUAUAUAUUUUGCUCUCAAUCAGGACCACCACCCCAAACUCCUAAACAUUCCUAACAUAUUUGUUUUCGUGUGCUAAAAUCUUUAGCCACGGGGAUGGAAGCGUUUUGGGGUUGUUGUUUUUUAAAAAAGCAUAAUCUCAACUAUAUUGGAAGCUGUUUCAUGAAGGCUUUCCCCCACCCUGAGAAGCAGGAUCUAAAUACUACCCUGGAUCAAUAAAACCACAAAGUCUAGUCGUCUUAUAGGGAUUGUCCUGUUGGAACAAAAAUAACUUCUGCACCUUCUUCCAAUAUUUUUGAGAGGCCUAAUCCUCCAUGUGCUUGUGUCUUGAACAGGCCCUUCAUCACCCAGUCUCUUCUUAUCCUUCAUCCCUCCAGUUCCUUAAACCUACUACAGUCGUACCUUGGAAGUUUUUAAUGUGUGACAUGUUAAUGUAUUUUAAAUCUUUGUUGGAAGCCGCCCAGAGUGGCUGGGGAAACCCAGCCAGAUGGGCAGGGUACAAUUAAUAAAUUAUUAUUAUCAUUGGAAGUCGAACGGAAUCCGUUCUGGAAGUCUGUUUGACUUCCAAAACGUUCGGAAACCAAAGCGCAGCUUCUGAUCAGCUGCAGAAAGCUCCUGCAGUCAAUCAGAAGCCGCGAAAGUCCCAUCAGACGUUCGGGUUCAGAAAAUAGUCACUUCAGGUUUGCAGCGUUUGGGAGCCGAAAUGUUCAACUUGCAAGGUGUUUGGGAUCCAAGGUACAGAAAAUUACAGAAGCCGUUCUCUUGGGUUUUUGCUGUCCCCUCACCAUGAAUCCCUGUUUCCGAAGCUUUUACAAAAACAGCUAUACAAUGCAGCACAAUGUAUUACGGUGCCAGGCCUGGAAAUUUGGAAGUGGGUGGGGAAUUCCUUAAGGCCGUGCACAAGCCAAGGAGCUAUGUCCUCAUGGGCCUUAGGUCAGGGAGGUGGAACCUGUGCCCCUCCAAAUCUUGCUAGACUACAACUCCCAUCAUCCCUGACAGGCCACCAUGCUUGCUGGAGCUAGUGGGAAUUGUAAUCCCAACAACACCUGGAUCCCAGCAGCUCUGCAUCCCCACAUCCUUGAGUGCAGGAUUCUUUUUUUAGUUAAAACUAACCACUGUGCCCAAAAGGUGAUGUACAGCAGUUGUAGAAGGAUGGGAACUAUGGCUCUUCCCAAGUGAGCCAAUUAAAAAUAUGUACAUACCA